UUAGUUGUUAGUCAGUUAUUAUUCAGCGCACAGCAUUGUUUUCAAUUACUAGUGAAUAUAUUAUUUAAUUGCAUAUUAUCAUGAAGACAGUAUAUAUAUAUAUGACAUUUGUUAUAUCAAUGAUUGUAUUUCUAUUACCUUUGAAUUCUGCAACCGAAAAAUCAGAAAAUGGAACAACAGUACCACCAGAGACAACUCUAAAACCAAAAACAGACGUUUUGAAAAGUGAUAUAUGCACAAAGUGUUCAUGCGAUGCCAAGAACAGUUUGAUAGAUUGUUCACGAAAAUUGGCUAAUUGGUUUUCCCCAGAAGAAUGGGAGAUUCUUCAAAAUGGAGACAUUACUUUCGAAACUAUGAAAUUGUCUCAUAAUAAUCUAACCAAUAUUCCUGCACUGCCAACAUAUGGGGUCAAGAAAUUGUUUUUGGAUUACAAUAGAAUAUCCUCGAUUACGGUUGGAGCAUUCCAAAAUUUGACGGAACUUACGAAACUUGACUUAUCUAACAAUCAACUGACUUCAAAAGCCUUAAUACCAGACGUUUUCAAGGGCCCUUAUUCCGUUCAAGACUUUGAGCCAUUGAAGAAUUUAAAAUCACUAAAUUUAGGAUAUAACCGUCUACAUUUAUUAGAUGAUGAUUUAUUUGAGCACGUUCCAUACCUUGAGGAACUUAUUUUGUGCUCAAAUAGCUUCCAAGUGAUUGAUAAACAAACGGAAACUGCGCUUUCAGGAUGUUCAUCCCUAAAGGUAUUGGAUAUAUCAUAUAUGGAAUUAAAAACGUUACCCGAAACCAUUUUUCAUGGACCACAAGAUCUCGAUACACUUAUUGUUUCUGGAAAUCUGUUUGAUAAAAUACCAAAAGCUUUUGAUUAUGCGGAUAACUUAAAACGAUUGGUUCUCGACGAAAAUCCAAUUGGUAACUUGGAAGGAGAUAAUAUUUUUCCUGCGAUGACAAGCUUACAAUACCUUAGUUGCGCAUUUAUGCCCAACUUAUUCAAAAUUGGAUCUGGUGCACUCAGUGAACUUCAAAAUCUAACCGAGUUAAUUUUGAGUGACAACACCCAGUUAAUUGAAAUUGACAGCCAUGCUAUGUGUAAGAAUGUAACUGGAGGAGACAAUUUCGACUAUCCUCCUCUUGAAAAGUUGUAUCUUAAUAAUUGUAACUUUACAGUGUUACCCAGAGACUUAAUUGUUCGCUGGGACAAACUGCAUGCACUAGACUUACGGUAUAACCCUUGGUUAUGCGAUAUCUCCAACGAAUACAUGGUAAACUAUCUUAUACAACAUGUGAACAAAUCAACGCCAAUUUUAGCAUCAAAUGUUAUUUGUGAGAAUCCGACUGAACUGAAAGGAUUAGAAGUUCUAAAUGUCUCAAAUAAUAAAUUACUUGGAGUUUUACCAUCAGGAGCAAGUUGGGUCUGGAUUGGCUUAAUAAUCGUAUUAUUGUCAAUAUUAGUCACCUUAUCCGGGCUACUAGUCUAUAGGCGGGGCUAUUGCGGCAUAGGGAAGAAAAAGGAAUCAGCAAGAAGAGCUUUAUAUAGUCGAACCAGUUUUAACGAAGACUUUCAUAUAUAAUCUUGUUGUGAGAGCAAUCUGAAGUAUUUGGCAUUGUGACAUAAAAUUUUGGAAUAAUUUUGAUUGUUAGGUCAUAAAUAGUUCAUAAAAGCCUCCCUUUUGUACAUGUAUACCAAGCCUUCAUUUGAAAUAAAUACAUAUGUGUUUUGUAGCAGCAAA